AAACUACAAUUCCCAGAGGGCGUCGCGGUCGGGAGCGGAGCCUUUUUCUCUCUCUUUCUCGGCGCUCGCUCUUCCCCAUUCGGCCCCACCGUAGAGGUGACCUGUCUCCCCGAGUCUCAUUGUGCAGGUGCUGGAAUUGUCCGCGCAGUUUCCAAUCAUGCCUGAACCAGUCAGAGUCCUUGUGACUGGAGCAGCUGGUCAAAUCGCAUAUUCACUGCUGUACAGUAUCGGAAAUGGAUCUGUCUUUGGUAAAGACCAGCCUAUAAUUCUUGUGCUGUUGGAUAUCACUCCCAUGAUGGGUGUCCUGGACGGUGUCCUAAUGGAACUGCAAGACUGUGCCCUUCCCCUCCUGAAAGAUGUCAUCGCAACGGAUAAAGAAGAGGUUGCCUUCAAAGACUUGGAUGUGGCUGUUCUUGUGGGCUCCAUGCCAAGAAGGGAUGGCAUGGAGAGGAAAGAUUUACUCAAGGCUAAUGUGAAAAUCUUCAAAUCCCAGGGUGCCGCCUUGGACAAAUAUGCCAAGAAGUCAGUUAAGGUCAUCGUGGUGGGAAACCCAGCCAAUACCAACUGCCUGACUGCCUCUAAGUCGGCACCAUCCAUCCCCAAGGAGAACUUCAGUUGCUUGACUCGUUUGGAUCAUAACCGAGCUAAAGCUCAGAUUGCUCUUAAACUUGGUGUGACUUCUGAGGAUGUAAAGAAUGUCAUUAUCUGGGGAAACCAUUCCUCAACUCAGUAUCCAGAUGUCAACCAUGCCAAAGUGAAACUGCAAGGAAAGGAAGUUGGUGUUUAUGAAGCUCUGAAAAAUGACAGCUGGCUCAAGGGAGAAUUCAUCACAACUGUGCAGCAGCGUGGCGCUGCUGUCAUCAAGGCUCGAAAACUAUCCAGUGCGAUGUCUGCUGCGAAAGCCAUCUGUGACCACAUCAGGGACAUCUGGUUUGGGACCCCAGAGGGAGAGUUCGUGUCCAUGGGCAUUAUCUCUGACGGCAACUCCUAUGGUGUUCCCGAUGAUCUGCUGUACUCGUUCCCCGUUACAAUCAAGAAUAAGACAUGGAAGAUUGUUGAAGGUCUCCCUAUUAAUGAUUUCUCACGUGAGAAGAUGGAUCUUACUGCAAAGGAACUAUCAGAAGAAAAAGAAACUGCUUUUGAAUUUCUUUCCUCUGCCUGACUAGACAAUCAUUUCGAUGUUACUAGAUACCCCAAAGCUGAAGAAGCUAAAAGUCGUCUUUGACUCUAGUACCAAGUAAUAAUAAUACUAUACUUAAAUCACUUGUGAAAAAACAGCACAUUUUAAAGAUUGUGUGCUUCUCGGUACAAAUUUGUGACGGUUUAUUAACAUGGUGUUAGUGUUGCAACAUCCUAAAUAAAAUAUAUAUUCAAGUGAA